ACAGUUGAUUCUCCACACGACAGCUCUCAUUCCUCAAUCGGCAGGGAAGGACCGAUACCGAACGAACAGGGAAUCUCUAUGAAGGUCUUCAUCCCCCGGAGUGUGGGGCGCCUUGUGCUCCCCGCUCUACCUCUGGUCAUCACGUCCGUUACCGCUGCCGAUCCGGACACGAACGCGAGUUCAGGCUCCACCAUCAUCUACAUCGUCAUCGCAGUGAUCUUCAUUCUCUUCGGCAUCGUGGCCUUCUUCGUGUGGAAACGCAAACAGAAUCGUACUAAGCGCAGAGAUGACCGCGGCUACGGUCUUCCGUCAGUAACAGCGCGUUCCGGAGUCAGUCGCCUCACCUCGCACGGUAAUACUGCCUUCGAGCGACGUAUGGACUCCACGGGUUACAGUUGUAACUCUAAGGGUAACUCCAAAAGUAAGAAGGUGGGGCACUCUUAUCACUCCCCGAAGCAGAGGGUAGAGCGUCCUCCCCAGUGGCCUGCCAAUGGAGCUCCGACCUACACUCGUCAACAGCAGCAACAGUCUCAGUAUCAACAACAGUCCCACUACCAGCAUCAACCACAGUACCAAUCGCAGUACCAGGAGAGUCAGUAUCAACCACAGCAGUCGUUCCCGCCCCCGCCUCCCCCUGAGGUCCCCAUGUUGGAGCCGCACGAGGACCAGGGCCCCGGUCUUUCGAUGAUGGAGCUGCAGCAGAGCCAAGUAUCGUCCAUGCAGUCAAGCGUGGAGGGAGUGCACAGGAGACAGACAGACCCUGCUGUCAUCGCACGGACUCAGGAAGCAGCGGAGAAGGUGAUGGCAGAACUGGAAGAAGAUCCCGAGUUCGAGGAGAGCUGGAUCCCCUACGAUUCACUGUACUUCACGCGCUCCAUCUCCAAAGGAGCCUUCGGAGAGGUGUGGCUGGCUCAGCUGGAGAACACACAGGUGGCAGUCAAGAAGAUUCUGGAUGAGAAGAAGCAUGACACCAAGGAGAUCGAGUGUUUCGGCGCAGAGAUCAAGCUCAUGGCGCUGCUAAAACACCCAAAGAUUGUGGGUUUUAUCGGUGUAUCGUGGAGCGACAAGCAGGACUUGUGUGCAGUGACAGAGUUCAUGGCCAAGGGCGAUCUCUACGGCUACCUCGAACGUCGUAAGAACAAACUUAACUGGCCUGACCAUAAAGUAUGGCUGGCUGAGGACAUCGCUGAGGCUCUGGUGUACCUCCACUCGCUGAAUCCGAAAGUUAUUCACCGCGAUCUCAAGUCUAAGAACAUUCUGCUGGACAACAAAUACCGAGCCAAGUUGAGUGACUUCGGUAUCAGUCGGAAGCGCUCAGUUGAGGAGACGAUGACAGCAGGUGUCGGCACUAUCUACUGGACGGCGCCUGAGGUCCUGAUGGGCAAGAAAUACACUGAGAAGGCCGACAUUUACUCUUUCGGCAUCGUCAUGUCCGAGAUGGAUACAUGCGAGGUGCCGUACUCGGACAAGCGCGACAAUUCUGGCAAGAAAUUGCAGGGCAUGAAGAUCAUUCAGAUGGUGAUUCGCAUGGCGCUUCGACCGUCAUUCCGGGAGGAUUGCCCCGAGCAGAUCAAGGCACUGGCCGCCCGCUGCUUGGACGCCGACCCGGACGCACGACCGGAUGCACCCGAGCUGCUCGACAUCCUGCGCGACAUCCAGGAGGAUUUGCAGUAAAAGCGCUGGGAAAGAGUAAUCGCGUGAACAGCGAGGAAGAGCAUCGAUAGUAGAUUCGGUAUACUGUAGCUCUGACUCGCCUACGGGUAUUUAAGUUUUUUGCAGAUAAUACACAGAUUCAGGUUUAAAACGAAGA